AAGCAGAUGAAAUUCCUGGAGCAGCAGCAGGAGGAUAACAGAAGUUCAAAGGAGGAGGCCCGUCGCCUGCGGAACAAGCUGAGAGCCAUGGAGCGGAUUGAGCUGUUGCUUCAGAGCCAGCGCCCCGAAGUGGAGGAGAUGAUCCGAGAGAUGGGUGUCGGGCAGGCAGCGGUGGAGCAGCUUGCCAUCUACUGUGUCUCACUGAAAAAGGAAUAUGAAAACCUGAAGGAGGCUCGGAAGAUGUCUAGUGAGACGACAGAGAAGCUGAAGAAGGAGCUGUUUUCUGUCAACAGCAAGCUACAGAAAACAGUUUCAGAGCUGGACAAGACAAAGGAGGAGUUAAAAAGCACACAGAAGGAUCUGAAGAAUGCAGACAAGGAGAUCUUGAGUUUGAAGAAGAAAAUAGACAUCCUGCAGGAUACUCUGAAGGUCCCCUCAGUAACCAGAGAGACACUCAGUCGACUAGUCUUUGAAAGCCCCACUCCCAUGGAACUGCGGCACCCGAAGCUCCACUGCCCGGCCCACAGCGAUGAGAUCAAUUUAGAUGCUACUUUUGAUGUGGACACCCCUGAACACGAGCCCUGCAGAUCUCUCUGCGGCCCUGCAAAAAGGCAGAAGCUGGAUAAAAAGCCGCCUCCUGUGGUAAAUCUGGCGAAGAAAGUUCUGAAGGAAACAGUGGAGAAUUGGGAGGAUGAUCUGGAGGAUGAUGCUCUUAAAGGACUCUUGCCAGCAUUCAUCAGGAACUCUGUUCUCUCCAAGAAGCCAUCUUUGGGUAGCUUGCUGGGUCCACACAAGAACACGGGCACUGUGAGGAUGGGGUACGAUGGCUUGGGAGGCAGAACAAAGUUCAUACAGCCUACAAACCUGGCAGAAAUCCGUCCCAUAGCAGUGAGAAGCAAGAGGAAGAAUGUCUCCAGGCCAGCAUCAGCAGCUCCCUCCACAUCUUCCUCCAGCAGCAGCCAAGCCAGUCUGGACAGUUUCCUGCAGUGA